AUGCAGACCCUUGGCAAUACUCAUCCUCUAACCGCCCUCGCGCCCCUGCAGGCUCAAUACCCUUCGUCACGCACCAUCCUCGUGUCUGGAGCGACGGCAGGCAUCGGGCUCGCCGUCGCCAACCGCCUUCUAUCCUCACCCGACCAGCAUCUACUGAUUCUGGCCGGCCGCAAAGUCAGCGUCCUCGACAAUUUCCAAUCAACCCACCCAGACCGCGUCAUCACGAGGGCUGGCGAUAUGGCCGACCUCGAAUUUGUGAAAGGAAUGUUGCAGGGUGUCCAGUUCGACGGACGACUCGAUGCGCUCGUGCUGAACCACGGCACCUUAGGCAGGUGUUUGAGGCUAGGGCAGAUGGAAGCCGAUGAGUGGGAGCGAACAUUUAGGAUUAACGUAACUAGUUGCGUCGUCUUGAUCAAGGAAACACUCCCGCUUCUCCGCAAAGCAAAGGGUCGCAUCGUCUUCACAUCAUCAGGCGCUGCUUUGAACGCGUAUCCCUCGUGGGGGGUUUAUGGCGCCACAAAAGCAGCCAUCAACCACUUGACCAUGACACUGAACAACGAAGAGCCUGAUGUAACCACCCUAUCGAUUCGUCCCGGUGUCGUUGACACGGCCAUGCAAAUGGAGAUCCGGGAGAAAUAUCUUCACAACAUGGACGAGAAGGACCAACAGAAGUUUUUGAGCGCGAAAAGGGACGGAAAACUAUUGCCGCCCGAAAAGCCUGGAAACGUGAUUGCAGAAUUGGCCGUGAGGGCAAAGAAGGAGUUGUCGGGGUCUUUUUUGAGGUGA